CGAUGUUAUGGAUGUGUUCAACAACUUUGAUAGUCAUUUACAGUUCACGGUUGAAACUGAAUCUAACUCUAGUGUUCCUUUUCUCGAUACUAUUGUUAUAAGAAAUUUAGAUCAAACUAUUAGUUUAAAUUGGUAUACUAAGCCAACAUAUUCGGGGAGAUAUAUCAACUUUCAUUCAAACCAUCCUCUCAAUCAGAAACUGAACACUGUGGUUGCUAUGGUUAACCGUGUCAGAUCCAUCUCUGAUGUCCGCUUUCUUGACUCUAACCUAAAAAAGCUCCGGGAUAUAUUCGUCAACAACGGGUAUCCGAUAGGUCUAGUUAAUAGAAUUCUUUAUCAUAAUGGUACUUACCAUCGUAAUAUUAGUCAACCUUCUGAGGGUGACGACCAACACGACAUAUCUAGCCUCCCUGGCCCCCGGACCCACUUUGUUAAGAUUCCCUUCGUCCCCAGGCUGACUGAUAAACUUGUUUCAGUUCUGAGGUGUGACUCGGUUAGGUUUGCUAAAUGCAAUUCUUUGCCUUUAUCCACCUGUUUUUCAAGGACUAAGGAUCUGGUUCCUAAAGGUUUACAAUCUAAUGUUAUUUAUAGGGUUCCUUGCAAUAAUUGCGAAAAAACCUACAUAGGCACUACCAGUCAGUAUUUUGAUGCUAGGAUCAAACAACAUAAACGUGAUUGUCAAUCUAGAGAUGAAAACAAGAGUGCGUUGGUUCAUCACCAUGUUCUCAGUGGUCACCAUUUUAAUUUUGAGAAUUCUCAGAUUGUUGAUAAGGAAUCAAUUUAUUCAAAGAGAUUGUUCUUAGAGAUGUUUUACAUCAAUAAAGAGGUUAAUUCCUUAAACUUCAGAACUGACACCCAGAACCUUAGUUCUAUUUACAGUUACCUUGUUAUGAAGGACUGGGGUAGAAGGGAUCAAACAUCGAUUGAGGGUGAUUCUUUGGUUUUCUAGUUCUUUUUCGGUUUUUGUUUCCUUUUUCAUAAUUUCAAUUUUAUUCCCCCUCUCAACGCCACCUAGUGGUUACUUUUAGUGUAUUUGGUGUUUUGCCGUGACGACGGUUGGCCAGCCUUGUUUCUUUCCAGUUUUUGUGGUAUAAAAAACUUACGUGACUUAUUGCGUCUUAACUUUUAACGAAAAAUUUUAACGUGUUCUCUUUGUAAGUAAUACUUAUUUUAAUGGUUUCAAAAUUAACUUUGUAAUGAUUUUUAGUAUCUUUUGAUCUUUAAUUACUCACCUUUAGUGAAUUAUUAGAAGUAUAGUUUUUAUAAGAUAUGUCUAGUGCUCAAAGUUUGCGACCUCAUGUUUAGCUUUGGUUCAGUUCCUUUAUGCAAUCCAUUUUUUUACCUCUGAAGAAGGAAAAAUAAAAUUUCCGAAAGCUCGGUAAAGAUAAAAGGAAGCCUCUUUUCAAUUAUCUAGCCUUUGUCGUGUUGGUCGUGUAUCCCAAUAAAUUACUUUAGUU